AUGAGUCCCGUGCAAGCUCCAAUGCGACCGAAUGCGACGUCCGGUUCACCUACGUACACGUUCGCCAGUCAACCGCGGGCGUUGCUCACCUACCAUAAGAAGUACAGGCAACCUCCUCAGCAAGAUGCCGGCCCUCCGUACGCCAACAUCAUGUACGACCGCCGCGUCGUACGUGGAAGCACAUUUGCUCAGCAUCCUAUCCCGACGGAUGGGGAGUCGCAGGCGGCGCGCCAGGCCGAGGUGCGGCGCCGGGCGCUGGCCAGGAAGCGCGCGCACGCGCAGCAGGGCCGGCUGGGGCUGCGCAUCGGGUCCCCGCCGCCGGUGGCGGGCCGCAAGCACGAGACCGUCCAGACGUCCGCCUACCUCGAGGAGAUCCUCGACCGGCCGCUGGAAGAAGACGCCUGCUGCCAGACAGACCUGUUCCUCGACCGGCCGCCGACGCCACCCUACGUACCGGCCAAGACCGGCCUCGACCAGGAGACUCAGAUAUACCCAGGAGACCUCUUCGACUUCGACUUGGAGGUGGAGCCAAUCCUGGAGGUGCUCGUGGGCAAGACGAUCGAGCAGGCCAUGAUCGAGGUGCUGUCCGAGGAGGAAAUGGCCGCCAUGCGCGCGCAGCAGCGCCGCCUCGAAGAGCGCAGGGCCGGCGAGGAGGCAGAGAUCAAACGACUGGAGGAACGCGAGCGGCGCAUGCGCGAGGAGAAGGACCGGCGCGUCUCGCAGCUGGAGCGCGAGCUGCGCGAGCAGCAGGAGGCGGAGGAGCGGCUGGCGGCGGCCGUGCUCACCAGGGGCUACCUGGAGGACGCGCUGCCCGCCGUGCUGCGCGGGCUCAACGAGGCGGGGUACUUCAUCGACGCCAUCCGCGAGGACGUGCUGCAGAACUUCAUGCCGUGGCUGAUGAACGAGGUGCGGCAGGAGAUGGACCAGAUGGUGGCCUCGCGCCAGGUGCUGACGGACCUGGUGCGCGACAUCGUGCGCUCGCGGCGCGACAUCUACAUGGCGCUGGUGGAGAGCGACCGCCACCAGCGCUGGCUCGAGGGCCACGAGCACGAGCAGGAGUUCCAGCGGCAGCACGCCGACAGGCUGAAGAAGGAGCAGGAGCUGGCCGAGGUGGAGGCAGCCAAAGCAGAGGAGGCAGCAGACGAAGAAGAGUCCGGAGCGUCGUCUUAGUUCUCAGCAUCUCCACCACGGCCCUUGGCGCUACUGCCUCUGGAGCGCCACAGCGCUGCCAACGGACGACAAGCGAACCAUUUCGACACACCGCUCCGUCAAAUUACCAGAAGAAAAUGCCAACGUUCGGAGAGUGCAAGCAGAGAUGUACAACACAAAUUUUUGCCCUGUUAAUGUCAUUUCAGAUAAUUUAUUCAAUACAAUCGUUUCAUCGAUUCAUGUCCUCUGUCGUUAAAAUAAAGAUCAGCUGAAAUAAUGUUAGCAGUUUUAAAACUUUUAAAAUAAGACCAUUUGCAAUAGAAUUUAUAAAUACCUAGCACAGACAAUCGUUCUUAGUAGCAAACAAUAUGGAUUUCAAAUAAGACUAUCACCUGAACAGGAUAUAUUUACUAGACUGAAUAAAUCAGAUAUUAUAACUAUUUUGAUUAUUUUGUGACUUGGCUAAGGCUUCUGUUUGUGUAAAACCAUGAUAUCUUCAUGGUGGUGAAGUCAAAAUGUUAUGUAGUGCAAGACACAGCAGUUUGAUUAUUUCUAUCUCACUUCUAUGACAAAAAGCCUUGUGUAACAUUUUCACAGAUAUUACGUUAGCAAUAGGCACUCAGCAUCAAUCAGUGAGGUCCACCAUGGAGUUCUGUUCUAUGUUCUUUCUGUUACUUAUAAUCUUAAAUGGUCUUACCAGAAGGUGUAACCUCUUCACAGUCGGUGCAAGUAUGAAAAUUAAUAAUAAGUUGAGCCUUAUUAUUUAAAAAAGAACAACAAUUGUAAUUUUUGAAGGCAUCAACAGAUGUUACAGAACUCCUUAACCUGUGACAAAAGUUUAUUCAAAGUACGAAGUGUACUGAUCAGUGUUGAUUUUUAUUGCAUCUGGAAUGUGCACAUCCUCGAUGUAAUGAAGUGCCGUAGUUAACCUAUUACUUAAAAUUGAAGAACUUAGUUUGUCAUACUUAUUCCCAUUCUAUAAUGAAUUAAAGAAUAAUUUUUUGUGAAUUCGA